GUGCAGUUGUGUCGCUCCACUCGAGGUGUCAUGGUUGAAUGAAAUCGAUUAUAAACAAGAUUGCUGUUGCUUUUGUGUCACCAGUCACCAUCGUCAUAUCCGGCGCCAAGAUAGACAAAAAUUAUAAACAAUUUUAUCAAGAGAGGAUGGAGAGUGCAGGGAAGUUGCAGCUAGUGCUGCUCUCGAUUUGCCUUCAGAUCUUCUCGAGCUCCUGCGUCUCCAUCACUUUUCAGAACAACACAAUCAACAGUUGGGACCUUCUGCUCGGAGCUAAUGAAAAAGAACUCGAGUACGACUUCUGCCGGAGAGACGCAUCAAACAACAAAGAACGGUGCCAUAAUCACCCAGAUGAACCCAUAGACAUAAAAAGAAUAUGCAAUUGCACUUUGAAUCACACUGUAAAUGCAGAGGGAGACAUGGUUUACUUCGCCCUCAACUGCAACAAUGCAACAAUUGAUGACUUGUACGGAGCCUGCCCACAAAAACUGACCGUCACUUACGAGCACGGCGACGUGCGUCAUCCAGAUGCCAGCGCGGAAAUACCACCGACUGCCGACCAAAUAAUGGCAGAUAAAAGCUGCAGCUCCCUAUUCUGGAUUCUGCUUUUUUCCCUGUCUCUCGUGAUCAACGUGGUCUUUGGCGUCGUAAUAUUCAUGCUUAAAAAUCAAAUGUCAUCUCUGCAGUUCAGUCAGCAGUUGUUGUCUAGGAACUUGAAGCAAACUGAUAAUUAUAACGACUAGUAAAAAUAUCAAAAAAUUAUCUCUUUUCAUGCUGUUAAUACUGCAAAAAAUUAAGUGAUUUUUUAUUAUAAACAAACACGUGAAAUUAUAUUGCCUCGAACAGAUUGAAUUGGUCCAGUAUUCAGUGCCUUCCAAUGGGCUGCUACUUGGAGGUCUCAUCCAGCCGAUCGUGACAAUGAAAUGAAAUUUCAAUAAAAGACGUUUUUUUAUCAUCAAUGUUGUACAAAUUUUGUACUGGAAAUGUGUAUAAACGCUUGAAAUU